UGGUCCCAGAGGUCCCGGAUCCUUUAGAACCUGCUGGUGAUGUUGGCGGUGGGUCAGAUGGACGGGUCCGGGUCUGGUACCGGUUCCGGGUCCCGUCAGAGCGCCUUCCUCCUCAGCACCCCCCCACUAGCAGCCCUGCACAGCAUGACGGAGCUGAAGACCCCCCUUUACCAGAACCCGGCCUACCAGAACCACCAGAACCACCAGAACCCGGACAACAGCUCCCCGAACCCGGGCGGCAUGGCGGGCUCCUCUCCGGGUCUGAAGACCUCCUCCACGGGGGGUCCCGGUCUGGGUCCUGGUUGUGGUCUGGGUUCCUCUGCGACCCCUCACGGGAUUAACGACAUCCUGUCCCGGCCCAGUCUGCUGGGUCUGUCGUCCUCUGGGGGGGUGGUUCUGUCCGGUCUGCAGCAGGUCCCGGUGUCGGUCCCGGUCCGGUUCGGCAGCCUGAGUCCUCCUCCUCCUCCCGGGCUCUACUUCAGUCCCGGAUCCGGAGCGGUGGUGGGUCGGUACCCGAAGCCUCUCACGGACCUGCCGGGCCGGACCCCCAUCUUCUGGCCCGGAGUCCUGCAGAGUCCGCAUCACUGGAGGGACCGGUUCUGCUCGCCUCAUCCGAACUCGGUUCUGCUGGAUAAGGACGGGAAGAGGAAGCACACCCGGCCCACGUUCUCCGGGCAGCAGAUCUUCGCUCUGGAAAAGACUUUUGAACAAACCAAAUAUCUGGCGGGUCCAGAGAGAGCCCGGCUGGCCUACUCACUGGGCAUGACCGAGAGCCAGGUCAAGGUGUGGUUCCAGAACAGACGGACUAAAUGGAGGAAAAAGCACGCAGCAGAGAUGGCCACGGCCAAGAAGAAGCAGGACUCUGAGACGGAGAGACUGAAGGGGACGUCGGACAACGAGGACGAAGACGAGGACUACAACAAACCUCUGGACCCGAACUCUGACGACGACAAGAUCACACAGCUGCUGCACAAACACAAACCGCUGCAGGGCUCCGGACUGCUGCUGCACGCACACUCAGACCACGACCACGACAGCUCCUAAUCAACACCUCCACCUGCAGAGACUAAUGCUGCACACCUCCACCUGCAGAGACAGACAGCUCGUAAUGCUGCACACCUGCAGAGACAGACAGCUCGUAAUGCUGCACACCUCCACCUGCAGAGACAGACAGCUCGUAAUGCUGCACACCUGCAGAGA